CUUGGUGGUGAGGCAGUCACGGUGCCUGCCUCCUCUCUCAUCAAUGAGAGCUUGUAUCGCACCAUCUAAGACGUCGCUUCCCUUCUGUGAAAUUUUGCUGGCGUCUGCCUGAAAAAAAUCAGCAUGCCCGCAAGAGCAUCUUUCGAGGAACUUCACCCACUCUAGCGACCACAACUGAAUCACUCUACCGUCAACCCCCUUCUUCUCGGCUCCUACCCAUCUGUUCAGCAACUCAGAAGUGACAAUAUACACCAUACUGGAGCUCAAGAAACUUUCCCUUGUCCUGCUAGGCCGUACAAGUCUCGCUUUUGCACCUGUACAGUCUACUUGCCCGACAUGGAGGACGUGGACGCGAUCUCGCCCAUGUCCCACCACAGUCCCGGACCGCCGGACGUGGCUCCAGAGGACGAGGAUUCUCAAGACUCUAUGACCCUACAGAAUGCCCUGCGCCCCUUGCCUGACACCCAGAAUGGCAGUUCCGAGAACUCUCACUCGUCGCCGACUGAACGAAAUGGCGGCCUUCAGCUGCUGUCUCGACCGCAAAACCUGGAAGUUGAUCCAGGUGAGAGCUUCUUGUGGGGAAAGCCGGUGAAGAUCAUUCCUGGGCAGUUCAGCCGCCCGGCUCCCACAAGGUCUAUGCUCGAUACCGUCAAGGAGAAGGCUUCCGCGAGCUCUCUUGUUACCACUGGCAAUCUGACUACCAAUGGCCGUGAUGCCAUUGCAGACAGUUCUGGCCAGCCACUUCCCGUCGCCUCUAGGAAAUUUGGUGACUCUGUUUCUCCUAGGUUGAGACUUCCUGUUGAGGAGUCAGCUCGUAUUAAUGUUCACAGCAUCAAUGGCGGUCUGAACCCUGAAGAGACGGACAGAUCCGUCGCAAAUGAGGGUGAGCAACUGCCUCAGGUUGACCCCUCCACAAGACGUCCCCCUUUCGAGGACUGUGUGCCACCAUACCGCCGUUCAGAUGUCCAAGUACAAGCAUCCUUCGCGCAGACUUCUGCCUGUCGCGUGGCCCAUCCGGAUGAUUCAAGCACGGGAGAGCAACAAGAUCACGUCACCCCUCAACUCGAGUCUCGAGCUCCUCGCGUAGAGAAGAUCUCUACUGAGCAUAGGAGGGGAACUCACAACCCAGUAACCCAGCGACUGCAUCAAGAUCAACUUACAACUCCUGUUCAGACCGACGGGCCGAGACAGCGCAUCUCACUGCCAAAUGAUACCUCCGUGUCACCAGCCCAAGCUUCUAGGGCAUUGCCUCAAGAGACCUCUCAAUGUCGGGGGCUCCGUGAGGAUCUCGCGCGAAAGAAAGCUCUCGGACUGUCACCAUAUAUCAGUCUCAAUCGACCAAUGAGAGACACUCGUCAGGUCACCAAGUUGAAGACUCCAACCCCUCGCCCAUCAUCUUGCUCAUCUGCGCAUGGUUCGAACAUCAGCAAGAAGCGGUCGCGUCCUCGCCCAACACCCUUGAGCGGAUUGCAUCAGCCACGGUCACGGCACUCGCGCCGCCAUAACGACACGCCGUCCAUCAGACUACGGGACCGCCAGCAUGCAGCGAGUCACCCCAGUCCUGUGAUAGAAGAGGGUCCUCAGCAGUCAAAUGAAUCAAUUGACAUCGAUAUGAUGGCUGGAAACCUUGCUCAAGCCUUGAACAACAACUUUGGGAUGAUGAAGGACGAAUGGCGACGAAAGGAGCAAGAUAUUGCCUAUCUCGAGCACAACCUUCGCAAACAGGCUGAAAAAUUGUCGAACUUUCGAAAACAGAGUGCAGGCAAGUCUGGGAGGAUCCAGGAGUUGGAAGAAGAUCACAGUCGACUUCAAGAGCAGCUCGAGUCCGCAAACCAGCAGCUCGAAGAUCGAUCAAACAAGCUCUCUGAGCUCCAGAAGAAGUGCCGAACAUACAAGGAGCACCUGAACUCGGCUACCGCAGAGCAGCAGGAGCUUUACAUGGCUUCCAAGGCGAAAUGCGAGACUGCUAUCCAACAUAUGCGAGAAGAAGAGCACAAAAGGAAAAUGCUCGAUGAACAGCACCGCAAAGACCUGCAAGCCACCCGUGAACGUCUCACUGAGGUUGUCAAGUCGACGGUUGCUGAGUAUAGUUCCAAAGAACGAGAAUUCAACGUCAAGCUCGAAUCAUUACAGCAGAGAGCCCAAGAGCGGGAAGCUGAUGUGCAGCGAGAACGGGAGACUAUCCGGAAGCUCCUAGAGCAAACCGCAACCAUCAAAUCCGUUCAAGAUACGAUGAAGACCUAUGGAGCUCAGAUUGCGCAGAUCAAUACGAAAAUGGGGGACCUUGCAUCAUUUCAGCAGAAUCGAGACGGAGCGGCUGUGGAGGAGAUACAAAUCAAACUUGACAAAAUCGUCGGACAUCUGUCUACUCUUGAUGAGCGAGUCGAGCCACAGGCAAGCUUCAUCGACAAGAUGCAGGAAGCCAAUGUUAAAACUUUCUCCAACCUACUUGACCCAGUGCUGAGAUCGAACACAGAGAUCCAAUCCAACAUGAACGAACUCGCUGAUGCCGUCGAAGACUACAUGGAAGAUUUCUGGAUGAGGCUUGAGGAUCGUGAAGAUGUCCUCGUAGAGCUUCUGGACAAGACCAAGGAAGAAAACCGCCAGCUACAAGCUGAUGCGCAACUGAGGGAGGAGGAGUGCAACAUCCUUUCCUUCCAACUCGAAGAGGCUGGGGUCGCAGUUCGACAAAGUGAGAGCGAGCUCGAGAACCUCAGAAGUGACAUCGCCGAGCUAGAACAGGCUCAAGCCAACGACAUGGAACAGGCCGAACGCGCAAACUCGCUCCAUGAGGAAUGCGAGAAGCUGAAGAUGGACAUUAUCGCCAAGGCCGCAAUUUCCAGUGACCUCGAGGGUAGACUUCGGGAUUGCCAAGAAGCGCUCCAAAACGAGAAGGAACAGCACAAGAGUCACACCCAGACGUUGCAAAAGUUGGUUGAGCAGCAUGACGAAAACGCGCGGUUGGUCCGAGAAGCCGCGGUUGAGCUUGCUCGCCAGGAGGUUACACACGACAUGGACAUUGCCAAAGAGAAUCUUAGCAUGCUCCUUAAACAAACUGAGGCAGAGCGCACUGCAUUGAAACAGCAACUCGAUGCGACAAAACAACAGGUCUCGAUGGCUCAAGAAGAGAACAAACGAUCGGGCACAACAGUGAACGAGCUGAGAUCUGAGCUAGAGAUCGCACAAGCGAAUGCAAAUCGACUUGGCAAAGAGGUACAUGAGAAGGACAUGGAGGCCCAAAAGGCUAUUGAUCACAAUUCGAAGGAAGUCACGGGCCUCGAAGCCAAGAUUGCGCAAAAGGAGAGUGAGCUUGCCCGGCUGUCGGAAGACGCCCAGGCGUACGACAAGAAAUUACAGGAGGCUCUCGACGGUUUGAAGGAAUGGGCAAGAGGCCAUCAGGCUGUGAAGAGCCUUUUCUCUGAGCUACGGAAGGCUCAAGGUGGUGACCUCGAUGGCGUCAACCCCAAGCUGAAAGCAAUAUUGGAAAUCGACAUGCUGCAUCAGGCAAUUUUUCGGUGUUGUCAAUCUCAGGGAGGAUUGACGCCAGAUGGCGACCAAGAAACAGCAGAUGAGACCAUCGCCAGCGGAGAUGCUGGGGUAGAUCGCCUGCCGGGUAGCUCAUCAGAGCCAAGGUCACGGAAGAGCCUUGCUACGAGAGUGCUGGACCAGAUUGGUCGUCGCGUGACGAUCAGAAGCCCAAGACACAGCGUGUCUUCUCCGAAUCCCCCAUCAGUGUCAGCAGAACAGGAGCACAGGCGAUCAGCAGAUCCACCGAAAUCCAUUAUGAAAGCAUCCAGCCAAAGCAUCAUCAAGGAUGAAGAUCUGCAUGCGACUGCCGAGCCUGUCAGUCUGCCAACUCGGGGCUCCUUCGGCAGAAGAGCCUUCAAGCGGUUGCCACUAGCUCGCGCGAGGGAAGGAGAGGUGCAAGACCAGACUCACCAGGACAGUAGUACCAUUACUCGCAGUAACUUCGUCCGGGCGCCCUACAAUCGGCCCGUGUCAGGUACCAAAACAACGGCCGACAACAACGUCAGCCAAGCUGAAAUUCGUGUUGAACGAGAUUCAACAAAGCGCAAGCAGGGCAGCCGUCGAGUGGCGGAUUCGGCUGUCAAGCAGGCCAGUGGUAGUACGGAGGAGCAAAGCCCACGGCGUGUGGUUCAACACUUGUCCCCUCCAGAGGGCCAAGUGAGCCAAGCCGGUGAGCUACAGGAGCCGCCUGACGCGCCACGCAAGAGAGCUCGCAAGAAUACAGAUGACUCCAUCUCUCCCGUUCGCAGUCUCUACUUUGAACAAAGUGGAUCCAUGGGAGAGCGUGAGACUAAGAAAAAGGGGCACAAGCAGCGCAGAAGAACCGAGGAUGUGGUUUCAAGCGGGCGAGGAGCAUCGACUGCCCCGAAAGACAAAGGGAAGAAGCGAGCCCGCAGGGCCAGUCCAUCAGCCCAUACGUCGCCCAUGGUACUUCAACUCCUUCUUCAACGAGACAUGAAGAGUGACUUCAGGGAUCCUUUGACAACGAGAGGAAGAUGCAAUGUUGGUGUAGUCGAAGAUUGUGAAGAAUGGUGGGAUUUGCAAGGAACCGCUCUAGCGACCGGGGGCAGAUUCAAUUCUGAAGAGGCUUGCUUGAUUUCAGGGUCUUUGAUCUCAGCGGGUCUGGGAAACCGUGAAAGAGGUGAAGACGGACGACACGUAGCUUGUGAUGAGUGA